CCCCGAAUGGACGCUUGGUGUCCGGGUCAGCCCUGCACACACCUCCUUGGCCCUGCUUUUUCACUUCCAUUGCAGUUUCAGUUUUCAGGUCUCCUGUCCUUCGUGGCAGACGUGGAGUCAAGAACGACAGCCCUGGCGGGGUGUGAGUUGUUGGACCUGGCAUGCUUGCUCAGGGCCUGGCACGGGGGCCGGUUACCACCAGAAGUUCUUUGGGUUCCUUCGUAAUGGUCGGAAUCGUAGGUGCUUGGGGUCCUUGCAUUUGAAAAGAGAAAAAGUGUUUCCUCUCAGCUCCCUAAAUCUAGAGCAGAGAGGAGAGCCCCAGAGUACCGCCAGCAUUGCCUGUGGCCUGGAGCAUGCCGGCCGGCUGGGGUAGGGAUGGUGAGCAUGGACAGGCGCCUCUGAGCCGGGGCUGCUGGUGGGGCCCCCAUGGACACACAGCUCUGACCACCGUGUUCCCGACAGGGAAAGGGCUGCUAGGGUCUCUGGUGGCCGCCUCCUCGGUAUUUGCACAGGUGCUUACUCUGGGAAGUACUUUCAGCAGCUGCCUGGGUUUUUCCCAGCAGUUAACUGUCACGUGAUGAUGUUAGAACAGACGGCCUCAGUAGCUGACACUCUCCUGCUGCCCUCACAGCUGUGGUGGAGGAGCACAGGACCCAUGGGCCUUAACCCCGUAGGUGCAGGGACGGUGGAGUUCAACCCCAUUCCUGAGUGGGUAUUUCUGGCAAGCCCCUGUAUCCCAAACCCAGUCGUGGCCUUGCUGACCUCUUCCGACAGCCCUCUGAGGCAGGCCCUGCCACUGCCCGUUACCGGUGGACCUGGGUCUUGGUGCACCAGGGGAGAAGCCAGGGGCUGUUUGUUCAGACUUUUGACCUUGUGCUUGUGUAACACAUCAUCAGGGAAAGAAUUUGCACCCCAGAACCUGCCCUCGGCUGUGCUCUGUCAUCUCUUAGGUGGCCUCAGGGGUUACGUUUUCUGGUGUGGGAAGCGUUCCCUGGUUCUGUGUGUUGGUACAGCGAACACGUGAACAGCACAGGGUUGGGGCGGCAGUCCCAGUGCAGUGGAUAACCCAUGCGUAACUUUCGAGUCCCUCUGAACACUGUUGCUGACGGCGUCCUGUUGAAUGGAAGCCUUACCCAUGACAUAAGCAGUUGUUGAACACGUGUUUCUUUUAAUACAGUGAGCUGAAGGGAAAAAUACUACCAAGAAAGUCAUAAGGAAGGAAAACACGUUUAUAGUACUGUAUUUACCCAAAACCUUUGCACGUGCAAGUGGACCUGUGCAGUUCAAACCCAUGUUUUUUGGGGGCCAACUUGCAAAAAGGUAUUUCCCUCCCUGCAGGACAGGAAGUUUGCUGCACUCUUUAGGAGCAGGGUAGGCAUUGGAGUAGGUGUCCCGGGAUGACCUUGUGGAGUCCAGUUGUGGGAAUGGUGAUGACACAGGCCAGAAUGUUCCAGGCCCUCUUCCCUGACCCCACAGGAGAGGUGUCAUCCUCCUAGAAGGGCUGUGGCCCUGUCGUAUCUUGAGGUCUGUAUGCCUCCAGCAGGAGUCAUGGCCGGGAGUUGCGGGACAGCUGGGUCCCUGCGCGUUGCUGAGUCACCAAACAGUGAGGGUGCAGACCCUUAGUUGAGUGGGGCCGUGGCUCGUGUUCUCAACCUUAGAACACUAAGUAGAGGAAAGGUGGUGGCUUUAGGGGGUGAAUAAUUGUAUAGAACCAGCUCUGAGUGGACCGUUUCCAGGUAGGAAUAGCAGGAGGCAGUUCGUAAUUUCAUCAAAUUAACAUGCCCUCACUAAUUUAGAAUUGGGGGCUUUGAAGGGAAGUUAGGCUCUCCAGAGUCUGAAUCUGGCCUUAGCCCCACCAGGGGAUUAUUCCCCGGGAGCAUCUGUCCAGAGGUGGUGGUGAUAAGCCCCUCUCUGAUUGCCACGUGAAGCUCUUGGUGCUGGCACGUGGCCCAUGGGGGAGGAAGCCUGCGUGUGGGAUCCACGAAGAAGCCUUAUCUGGUCGGGCCUCCUUCCCAGUUCUUGCUUUGCCCCUCUGCCUUCUGGUCUUUUGUGUGACCGCUUUUCUCUGACCAUGGAGAGUGGACUUGGCCUGAAGCACACCAUACCCCAGGGAGGGUUUUCUUCGUCCUGGCUUUGUAAGUAACUGAGGGACUCCUUGUGGGAAGUGUUUCCUCUGAGAGUCACCUGGGAAAUGAAGUGAGUAGCAUUGUUGAGAAAGGAGCCCUUAUUUGGGGUCAAAAGUUGGAGGUCUGGCAGUGGAGGUAGAUGUGUUUUGCUACACGUGUGAGGUCAUCUAUCUCGGUCUUCUGUGUUGUCCUUGCAGUCACAGGACACAGGAGGCAGGACAGGUGUCCCCCCACCCCCGCCCCGGACAUCAGGAGCCCAAGAGCAAAGUGGCCAUGGUGUCUGAGAGAGCCGAACGCCAAUGUCCAGGGAUGGAUGACGACAGUCUGGACGAGCUUGUGGACCGAAGCCCAGGGCCGGACGGACACCCACGACGCAGCCCCGCCGCCCUGGCCAGCAAUGCUGAAGAAAGCAGUGACGGCACUGGCGGGGGCUCUGAGGAGGACACGGGCAGCGAGCGCAGCUGCAGCACGGACGGAGAGGACGAGGAUGGGGGCCUGGAGGACCCGUCCGGUUCGGAAGACUCUGAAGAAGGAGGAGGAAGAGGAGAAGAGGGCGCGGAGGCCUUAGUGGCUGUGGUGGACGCUCAGGGGAAGUUGGAAGCCAGUGGCGCUUUCAGUUCUGAUGACGAUUCCGAGAGCUGCCCGAUUUGUCUCAAUACUUUCAGGGACCAGGCUGUGGGGACCCCAGAGAGCUGUGCCCAUUAUUUCUGCCUGGAUUGUAUCGUCGAAUGGUCCAAGAAUGCCAAUUCCUGUCCAGUCGACCGAACUGUGUUUAAGUGUAUUUGUAUUCGAGCCCGGUUUGGUGGUAAAAUCCUGAAGAAGAUUCCAGUGGAGAAUGCCAGAGCUGGAGAGGAUGAGGAAGAAGACCCAACCUUCUGUGAGGUGUGCGGCAGGAGUGACCGAGAGGACCGUCUGCUCCUCUGUGAUGGCUGUGACGCCGGGUACCACAUGGAGUGUCUGGACCCUCCUCUCCAGGAGGUGCCAGUGGAUGAGUGGUUCUGUCCGGAAUGCGCUGCGCCUGGAGCUGCUCCCGCUGCAGAUGCGGGUCCUGUGAGUGAGGAGGAGGUCUCCCUGCUCUUGGCGGACGUGGUGCCCACCACCAGCCGGCUUCGGCCCCACGCAGGGAGGACCCGCGCUAUUGCCAGGACGCGGCAGAGCGAGAGGGUCCGAGCGACUGUGAACCGGAACCGGAUCUCCACCGCCAGGAGGAUUCAGCAUGUCCCUCGGUACCUCAUGUCUUCUCUUCUGGACGAGACCAUCGAGGCCGUCGCUGCGGGUCUGAGCUCUGCUGUGUACCAGUGCCCCGUGACGCCCCGAGCCCCCGCCAAGCGCAGGAGGAGAGCAGGAAGACGGAAGAAAGUGUCGGGAAGAAGGAAAACGCAGUCCAGGUCGUCCGUGAAGAGCAGAAGCUCCGGGACGAGAUCUAAGAAGCGCCAGGGUCGCGUGAGGAAGAGAAAAGGGAAAAAGUCAAAGAAUGAAGCCACAGCUCGCUCCCGCAUCGCACGGACACUGGGCCUCCGGGGUCCGGCCCGUGGAGCCUGCAUCCCGUCUGUGCACAAGCCGGCAGACCCCUCUCUGGGGCUGAUGCGUGCGGACAUCGGCGUGGCCUCCCUGUCGCUUUUUGGAGACCCCUAUGAGCUGGACCCCUUUGACAGCAGUGAAGAGCCGUCUGCAAACCCUGCAUCCCCGUUGAGUGCCAAGAGGCGGGUCCUGUCCCAGUCAGCGCUGCGUUCUCACCGGCCCGUAGCCAGGCCCGUGGCCGUGGGGCUCUCCAGCAGGAGGAGUGUUCCUGCCACGGCGCCUGAGCCGGAGGUGGACGAGGCCCCCGUCCCAGACCUGGUGGGGAGCAUCCUGUCGGGCCAGAGCCUGCUGAUGAUGAAUGGGGCGGACAUCGUCAUCCACCGGGACGGCUCCCUUAGCGCCAAGAGGGCAGCACCCAUUUCCUUCCCUCGGAGCACAGGCGGCUCAUCCCAAGGCCCCAAGCACCCUGGGCCCGGGGCCUGCCUACAACCCAGAGCGCCGCACUCAGGAGGUGGGCCACAGAGCGCGGGGCUGAGCUGUCAUGGCGGGCCAGCGCCCUCCCGUGUCCCUGCACUCAGGACUGGGGCGACUGUGAGACUGGACCCGUCUGUGACCCCUCUGUCCAGUCAGACUCAGAACCUGUCAGGCGUGUGCGGGCCUGGCUUAAAGCAAAGGGACGACACUCGAUGUGAUAGCGACAGCCGGCGCGCUCUGCUUCCCAGCUCCGCGUCCUCCAAGACCCCCAGUAGCUGCUGUCACUUGCCGCCCGCCGGGGCGUUGCUGGGCCAGGCCCUGAAGCCAGCUCCCAGGAGGCCCGACAUCUCUGAGCUACCAAGGAUACCAAAGGUCAGAAGGGAGGACAGCGGCGGCAGACAGGCGGACGCGGCGCCCGCCAGCGAGCAGCGUGCGGAGAUCCCCAGUUCCUGCAUCAGCCGGCUCACGGGCAGGGAGGGCCCCGGGCAGCCUGGCCGUGGUGCUAGAGCCGAGGGUGAACCGAGCAACAGGGGCCCCCAGGACCCUGGCCCACACUCCGGGGGCGGCUCCCAGUCCCCCGCCUCACCGGGACCCUCGAAGGGGAAGGGGGUCAGCUCGACCUUUCAGAGCUUCAGGAUCAAUAUUCCCGGGAACACGGCACAUUCCGGCAGACUCUCCAACCCUGGCUUUUGUAACACGUUUCGGCCGGUCGACAAUAAGGUGCAGAGGAAGGAGAACCCCUCACCCCUGUUCUCCAUCAGGAAGACCAAACAGCUCAAGAGCGAGAUCUACGACCCCUUUGACCCCACAGGCUCCGACUCCAGUUCCGCCGGCAGCAGCCCCGAGCACCUGGGCUCUGGCCUCCUGCCGUCUGAGAUCACACGCACCAUCUCCAUCGACAGCCCAAAGGCCCCAGCGUUGCAGACAGUGCGCUGUGUCACCUCUUACACCGUGGAGACGGUCUUGGGGGCGGAGCCCGAGCCCCCUCGGGGGCCCUCCUCCAGCGGGCUCGAGCUGCGGGUCGAGGGGGCUGCCGAGGGGACCUCCGACCUGGAUUGCGAGGGGCUGCGCGAGGGGCUGGGCGAGGGUCAGGGCUCAGCCUCCCGGGCACAGAGGCCCCCCCCCCCAGAGCCGUGGGAGGACAAGGGCCAGCUGCCCUGCAGUACCUUCUUUGGCUCUGAGGAGCGGAUGGUGACGUGUGUGACUGUAGCCGAGCCAGAGGCCCCACCCAGCCCUGAUGCACCACAGACGACCACCCACAGAAUCGUGGAGCUGAGGUCCCCGUCGUGCUCUCGCUCCACAUCCAGCUCCCGUGGCAGGAAGAAAGCCAAGAGGAAGCGAGCCACGUCCAGGGAGCACAGGAGGACCCGCUCAGGCUCCCGCUCAGGUUCCCGCUCUGGGGACAGGAGCUCACGGUCUGUGUCGCCCCUGGUAGGGGACGACCACCCCAAGAGGCAGCAGACCAAGUCCCGGGGCCGGAGGUCUUCCAGCGACCACUCCAGCAGCCACGAGCGAGCCAAGCGGAAGAAGGCGAAGGAUGAGGGCAGGAGGAGGAAGAGGGACUCCUGGGGUCACGGCCGGCGGAGGUCCAGGUCCCGCUCAGGCAGCCCCGGCAGCUCCUCCCACGAACGCAGGGAGAGCAGGAGGAGGAAGCGGAGGCGGUCAGGGUCCAGGUCUCGGGGAUGGGAGUGCUCACCCCCCAGCAGCCUAGAGAGAGCCCGGAGGCACCGGCACCCAAGGGAGAGGAGCCCACGAGAGAGGAGCCGGGAGCGGCCCCGAACCCGGUGGGGCUCACACGAGAGGAGGAAGCGUAGAUCCAGGUCUCCGAGGUCGCCAAGCACAGAGCACAGGUCCCGGGAGCACCAGCGUCCUCGUUCCCAUGAGAGGCGGCCAAGGCCUCGCUCUCCAGAGAGGAAGUUGGCGCCCGUUCUCCAGGAGGAGCAGAAGCCUGACCCGGAGCCGCCAGCCAGGCCACUGGCCCCGGCAGGAACGGACGCCUCCCCAGCCAGGGCCGAAACCCACAAGAUGGCUCCAGAGGCCCCGGCGGGCCAUCUGCCCGAGGACCUGGAUUACGGUGACUCUGUCGAGGCAGGACACGUCUUCGAGGAUUUUUCAAGCGAAGCCUUCUUCAUGCAGCUGGAGGACAUGAGCUCCCCUCCCUCCCCCGAGAGCACAGACUCCUCCCCAGAGCGAGACUUCCCACCCGCUCCUUCCAUUCCGCCGGCUGGCCGGCACCAGCAGGACGCCAGCCUGGCCGUGGCCGUCAUCCGACGGGAGGUAUCCUCGAUCCACGGUGAAGACACCACCCAGGCCCCGCCCCGGGCACAGGGCCCCGAAGACAGGCCCGGGCUCCAGCAGGAGGCCACUGGGGCCGCCGUGGUGCCCGGUGCCCUGGGAAGCCGGGUUGUGGGCGGGGUGCCUGUGGGGAAGGAGGAAAGCCCCCCCCAGCCCCCUCUGCUACGGGCUAAAGCUCUGGUGAAGAGAGUCACGUGGAACCUGCAGGAGGCACAGAGUGGCGCCCCCGCCGCGGACCCAGGCCUGCGGAUGCCGCUCCACAGGCCCCAGAAGCCCCGGGAAGGGGUCUGGGAAACCGAAGACAUGGGCUCCUCGGUGGGGUUCCAGCAGGCACCCUUCUCUGAGCCCCCUCCCGCCGGUUACGUGCUUCCAGAGUCUGGCUUCCCCGAGGCGGAGCCCUCUCAGGUUUAUACCCCGAACCUGCCUCCUGCCCCAGCUCUGCCCGUGAGUCUCCCGCCGUACGCAGCAGCUGGCCAGCCCGCGGUGCAGUACAUCCUACACGGGAGCCUUCCCCUGGCGAGCUGCGGGGUCACACAGAGCCCGGCCCCGGGGCCCCCCGCCCUGCCCACAGCCUCCGAGCCGGCCGUCUACAGCACCAGCGCCAGCAACUCCGAGGAGAGGGCAGCGGCUCCCAGGCCUGCCGCGGAGAAGGCCAAGAAUGAGGAGUACAUGAAGAAGCUGCAGGUGCAGGAGCGGGCGGUCGAGGAGGUGAAGCUGGCCAUCAAGCCCUUCUACCAGAAGCGGGAGGUGACCAAGGAGGAGUACAAGGACAUCCUGCGCAAGGCUGUGCAGAAGAUAUGCCACAGCAAAAGUGGGGAGAUCAACCCUGUGAAGGUGGGCAACCUGGUCAAGGCCUACGUGGACAAAUACCGACACAUGCGCCGGCACCGGAGGCCCGAGGCUGGGGAGGAGGCGCCCGCCCAGGGCCCGGAGAGCUGAGGCCGCCCCUGGCGCUUCAGCUGGGGACGGCAGAAGCAGAGACCUCAGAAGACAGCCGGCCAGCACUCCGCUAUCAGGGCUUCCGCGACCACAUGCGCCCUGCGCACUUGUCCUGCUCAGUUUCAAACUGGACCUUUUUAUAUGUAUAUUAUAGAUACACAGUUUCCAUUGUGUUCUAAUUUAUCAAAAAUGGAUUAUCUUUAGAAACUUCUUGAUUGACUCAGUACUUGAAAGUCAGAGGCUUUGGUGAUCAGGAGGGGCCUGGCGGGUGGAAGGAGCUCCUUGACCCCUCUCACCGAUGGCCUGAUUUUAUUUUCUGGAGUAACAAGGGAAGGCCAUGCCCAGCCCUCUGUUACGCUCUGUAAGUGACGCUCGUGUUUGCUGCCUCCCACGAGCAGAGCGCAGUGUCGGUGGGUCUGGAAGCCGGCGGGGAGGGGGCUGCACACAGCACAGAGUCGACCAUUCGUGGUGUCUCCUCCCCAGCACACCUGCAGGGGCAGAUACCUACUGUCCCCGGAGCGUUUUGUAUUCUUUGAGUAGAGUUUGUUGGCUCUAAA